AUGGAUCAGAAUGAGGCAUUUGCGAGGAAUAGAAAGGAGGAUGCAAAUGGAGAUGGGGUUGGGGUUGAGGAUGGGAGUGAAAUUGUUACCGGAAUUUGGAAUCAGAGCAGCUCAAGAGGCACUAAACAUGUUCGUUUUGAAUUGGGGGGCUCGAGGGGUACGCACGGGGGGUAUGCGGGCUCGGGAUCGAAUUCGGGUGCUGUGAAUGGUAUAUGUGAUAUGAAUGAUACGGGUGGUAUUACAUAUACUCCAUUUCCGCUAGGUGCUCUGGGCCAUUCGCAGCAGGACUCUUGUGAGGAUGGAAAUGGAAAUGGAGGUGGAAAUAGAGGUGGAAGUUCACAGAAUAUAAGUCGGGGGAUUGGAGCGAUUGUUCGGACUCAAAUGCAAGAUUUGGAUCCAGAUCAAGAUACUGGUACUCGAUCUGAUUCUCAAAGUUCUACCCAACAUGGUGGAUAUUGUCAAAACAUGAACACAAAUCAUACGUCUCCGUUUCAAGCUCAAACUCAUGCUCAAACUCAUGCUCAAAAUCCAUAUACUCAAAUCAGUUCUCAGCAUCAUCACCAACAUCGAUCAAACGCUCACAGAAGUAGCAAUGAACGUUCCCAGCACAUGACUGUAACUGGAAAUUAUAUAUCUCCCGUUCAAGCUCAAGCUCAAGCUCAACUUCAACUCCAAAUCACACACCAAGCUCAACCUCAAUCUCAAGAUCCACGUACCAAUACUCAAUUCAGCGAAAACAACUUGUCAAAUACCCUUCAAACCGGUAUCCCAGACGAACGAGAAAUAUUAAUCCAACAACAAAUGCAUCUAUACAAACAAACUGGGAAUUUAAUGGCAACUAUGUUCCAAGCCAAAAUUCAAAAAGCAAGAGAGAAACGGGAAGCAGAUCGUCGAAUAGAGCAAAAUAUGCGUGCCCACAUUUGGCGAGGCCGAAUGGGUGCCAACUUGUGGAUGCGAGAGGGAGAGGGGAGUGGAGGUGGGGGUCUCAAUACGGAUAUGGGUGUGCAACAUAAACGUCAUUACUCGUAA